AUGUACGCUCAUUAUUUUAAAAAGAAAAGAAGGCAGAGAAAAUUGCUCUUCGAAACUAAGUGUACGUGUUCUCUAGCUGUGGAACUCAACAGAUGUUUAGAGAUGUUAAACUUGUCUCCCGUAAGUUAUCGGAACGCUGAUGAUGGAGAGAGGACUGUGACGAGUAAGAAGGUCUACUCCAGAAGACCUUGGUAUGCCCUGCCGGUUGAUCCGAUAGAAAUUAUUAAGCCGAUCGAUCAAUACUCAGCGUAUGACCAACCGCCUGCCGAUUACUAUGAUAUAUCUGACGGGGAUGACCCGGUAACGCCAAUACACGUGGAAGCGUUAGGCCAAGUAGAGUCUUCAACAAACCCGAUCGAUCAAACGCCAACCACAAGAACAGUACAUGAAUACUCUAUCGCCAGCUCCAUUAAUUUAAGAGAGGUAGUCCUCGUAGCACUGGGUGGUGCAAGCGCGGCGGUUGUGCUAUUGAUCGUGAUGGCAGGGGUCUUCUGCGCUCGUAGGCGAAAGAACAGCCCAAGCCCCGUCCCAUCUCCUCCAAUACUGGUCUACCCUCCACAUGACAUUGCUGCUUCAUGCUACUUGACUAAGGAAGUUAACUUCUCAUUGCCGACGCUACGCUCGUCGUCGCUCGGCGAGUUGCGUGACGUCAGCGUGUCGAGCCUCAACAGUGACGUACUGUGCCCACCCACUACAUCGCAGUACCGGUCCAACUCUUUCACCAACACUACUGAUUUGGGAGUACUGGAUCCGUCACUAUAUAAAGCUGACUGUCUAGUGGAAGACCAGCUAUGGCCUGAGGGACAUGUGGGCCGAGUGUGGUUCACUUUGAAGUAUGAGGCGGGGACUGAGAGACUUCAGGUGCAUAUAAUAAAGGUGAAACAUCUGCCUUCACGCACGCCUGCGCUGGCUAAUGCUUGCGACCCACAUCUCAAGAUCCAACUGAUGCCCGAUGAAAGGCGAGUGCUGCAAACAAAACAGAAGAAGAAAACGUGCAACCCUUUCUACGACGAAACCUUUGUAUACCAAAUUCCUCCAGGAAAAUUGGAAAAUCUGACCUUAAAGCUGUCUGUUCUGGACACGGGCAGGGUUGGUAAAAACAAGCAACUCAUUGGACAUAUUAUUCUACCGCUAAGUGAAUUGGAAGGCAUCGCACCCGAUGAAGAACCGCAGCUUUACAAACUGGAUAUUGAAAAAGAAGUUCAGGAUCCCAUAUCAGAUUUGGGCGAAGUUCAAGUGUCGCUGCUGUACAAUGAAAAUUUGCAUCGACUCACUGUCACGGUUAUUGAAGCUAGAGGAUUAAAGCUCGACCCAUCAUCCGCCAGACGUGAGGUGAUAGCACGUGUGACACAAGAGCGCGCGUGCCGCGGCGUGCGCGCGCGCCGCACGGCCGCCGUCGACGUCACCGACGAGGGCACUGCUCUCAUCUCCGAAUGCUUCCAUUUCCGACUGAGGGCUGAUGAGUUACAUACUACCAGCGUGACUGUGCAGGUCCUCCAACCACACUCCGUGUAUGCCAAAGAUCGUCUGCUAGGUAAGUUCGUGUUAGGUUCAUACAUGUUCACACGAGGGCGAGCGUUGCAGCAUUGGAAUUCUGCCAUAUCGAGCCCCAUGGAACAAGUACAACAAUGGCAUCCGCUCACAAAC